UCCACAAUUCAGCCAUGAUGGAGCACGAGCAAGUCAGGCCCCUAGCCCCAUCUGCAGACCGGACAAGCAGCGAUGACGAAGAAGCUGCAGCCCUACGCUCUAAAAAACUUCGUCGCAGAAAAUGCAUCAAAUGCUGUGGAUGCAUCACAGCAGUGUUGCUGGUUCCUGCCAUAGUCAUCGUGAUAUUAAUUUUCACUAUUUUUCGAGUAAAGGAUCCUUCAAUCAGAUUGAAUGGUGUUAUCAUCACCCAGCUGGAGCUAAUCAACAACACUAUUCCAAAGCCAGGUGUCAACAUGUCCAUGAUCGUUGAUGUAUCAGUGAAAAACCCUAACAUAGCAUCUUUCAGGUACAGGAACACAACUUCAGGCCUUUACUACAACGGGGAGCUCGUCGGAGAGGCUCGAGGCCCUCCAGGCCACGCAAAGGCUCGGCGGACCAUGAGAAUGAAUUUGACGGUGGAUAUAAUCACUGAUGAGCUGAUUUCCAACCCUAAUCUGAAUACUGAAGUGAGUACAGGGCUGCUCACCAUGGAUAGCUACUCAAAGAUUCCAGGGAGGGUGAAACUGCUGAAAAUUAUUAAGAAGCAAGUGACUGUGAAGAUGAAUUGCAGUAUCACAGUUAAUAUUUCCACACAGGCAAUUCAGGCUCAAAAGUGCAGGAACAAGGUUGAUCUCUAGUAUGGUUGCCGCUUGUUAUUUUAUUUUAUUUUAUUUUUUUUGGUGGAUAAAAUAUGUAGUUUCCUAGUUAUAUAUAUAAUAUUUCUUU